AUGAGGUCGGCAUCAGAAGAGCCAGUCCCAUUACAUGAAGAAUUUAUCUACUGUUGUGGAGCUGCUACCCAUGUCUUAAAGUGUGGGCCCUGGAAAGACCUCUCAAAAGAUGAAAGUAAAAAUCUACCCAGGCUCUUAUUCAUGAUUAUUCCUGGUAACCCUGGACUGGCAGGUUAUUACAGGACCUUUAUACAGGCCUUAUAUUGUGGACUAAAUCAGCAGUAUCCCGUUUGGGUUGUGAGCCAUGCCGGACAUUGUAAGCCUCCUAGUGGUAUGGAAAUGAUAGAAGACACAGAUAUUAAGGAGCUAGAGGAUGUUUUUGGACUUAACGGACAAGUAGAGCAUAAGCUGAACUUCCUCAAAAAGAAUGUAUCAAAAGAUAUAAAGCUGGUACUGAUUGCUCAUUCUAUUGGUUGCUACAUCACACUGGAGAUGAUGAAGCGAGCAUCAGAACUUCAGGUUCUUCGCUCCGUGCUGCUGUUUCCAACGAUAGAGCGUAUGGCUCAGUCCCCUCAAGGAAAGCUCAUGACCCCUUUGCUGUGCAAACUUCGUUACGUUCUGUACAUGCCCGUCUACCUGCUCUCCUUUCUACCAGAGGGAGUCAAAGCCUCCCUGGUGCGGUUUGCUCUGCGAGGAAUGAAGACCUGUGACGAAUCUUCCAUAACAACCUCUGUAAAUCUCUUCAGCGUGGACUGCAUUGCCAACAUCUUGUAUAUGGCAAGCCAAGAAAUGAUGAAGGUUGUGGAGAGAGACAGUACAACCAUAAAGCAGAAUUUAAAGAAGCUGAUUUUUUACUAUGGAACUGGAGACAGCUGGUGUCCACAGCACUACUACGAUGAGAUCAAAAUGGAUUUUCCAGACGGGGACAUUCGACUUUGUGAGAAAGGGCUCCGCCACGCCUUUGUGCUAGAUGCCAGCAAGGAGAUGGCUGCCAUGAUUACAGACUGGUUACAGGAUGAUCUGACCAAAUUAUAAACAUGAAUCCAGUGAUUAACAAGAAAAGUAUGUAGUUAUUUUGUGAACGUGUGAUUUUUUGUGAGAGUCUGUCCUAUUUUUUUCUGAUUAUUAUAGAUUAUGGCUUGUUUUCUAUUGAGAUGUUUUAGAGAAAGUUAAAGAGAGACUGGCUGGUCCAAAGUAUAGUUUUACUGAUUCAGUGGUGAUGUACCUUCAUCCUGUGUCUUCAGAACUCUGCAGGACUUGGCAAAGGGUGGAAUAUUUAUUGUCUGCUGGCACUUUAGAGAACACUGAUACUAGAUUCACUGGCUACAAGUGUACCUGAGUUACUACCACCUCACUCACCUGCUGGAGAACUGUUCAGGGAUGGGUUUGGGGCAGCCCAGCUGGCCUGCUUUAGAAAGAAAUACCAGAUUACUCUGUAUGGAUAAAAAUCCCCCUGUGGAUGGAUCCUGGCAAUGGCUCCUGGUAUGCUGUGAAAGACCUGGCCCUCUCCACGUGUGUCCUCUGUCCAUGUAACCCUAGUGUGUCACAGCCAGAACACCCCAAGGCCCCAGGACAACCCUGACGUUGUCUCCUCCAGGUCAGAUGGGGUUGGUGGUCAAUCAGAGGUCAUGCUGAGUUCAGGAUGAGUACAAGGGAGAUGUGUGGAUGAGGUGCGCAGUUUCCCCAAGUCUCAGUGCGCAGUUUCCCCAAGUCUCAGAAGGGGUUUAGGGUGCUGCCAGGGCUCCACAGGAUAUUAAAAAUACCAUAAGGUAACUGUGGCUGCUCAGUGAGGGAAUACACAUGGAGGGAGCUCUUGUCUGGAACAUGGCCAAGUGUUUCAUUUUUCGAUUGACUGUACAGAAGGUAGAGAACGCUGGUCAAAAGUGCCAGUAUUAAAAGGUUAAAAUGGAUUGCAGAAUCCAUAUAUAACUACUUAUAGGUGGCCUAGCUCUCCUAAUGAAGUCCACGAGAACAGUGCUUGCUCAGCAGCUUUAAAGAAUUAUACCAGUUUUGAUGCAUGCCUAAAUUUCAGUUCUUUGCUCUAAGGACUGAAGUAUGAAAUUUUCUGCCAAGCCACAAAUUAGGUAAGUCCACCAUGAGAAAAUGGCUAUUACUCUGCCAUGGUUGCACCCAUGAAAUGGCAUGAAAUGGCAUGAAAUGUUACUAUUGAGAACCAGAUCCUUGCUAUAGCACAUUGCUGACAAGUAAACUGUUCCUCACAUCUGUUCAUCCCUCUCCUUUACAGAUAGCAAAAAACUAGAAAAAAACAUCCUACCAGUUGUGAUAACAGAAGUUACAGGUGAUAGUUAGAAAUUAAAAUGAUCUAAGCAAGGGGAACAGAGCCAAGUGUAAUAAGGAAAAGCUUUCUAGCCAUGAACCUGUGAAAUAGUCUCUCUGUGGAGUUCAUAGAGACAUUUAUAAAUAAACAAAACACUACAGAAUAUAGUCAGGGGAAGUCCUGCCCUUGCAAACAGAUGAAUUUAGAUGAUGCAUUGGGUAUCUAACUUACAUGAUUUAUUAACAGCUUUAAUGUGGUACUAGUGAGAAUGGUACUGGAGAAAGUUCUCUGUGA